GUUAUGGUGGAUCCAGAUGCUCCAACCCCAAGCAACCCAAACCUGAGGGAGUAUCUGCACUGGCUGGUCACAGAUAUCCCAGCAACCACAGGAGCAAACUUUGGCAAUGAAAUUAUACGAUACGAGAGUCCACGACCUUCACUGGGAAUUCAUCGCUAUAUUUUCGUGUUGUUUCAGCAAUUGGAUCGAGAGGUUGUGAAUGCUCCUGAUAUAAUUGAUUCUCGUCAGAAUUUUAACACAAGAGACUUUGCGAGAUUUCAUAAUCUCAAUUCGCCUGUUGCUGCUGUUUACUUCAAUUGCAAUAGAGAAGGUGGUACCGGUGGCCGUCACCUAUAAAUAAGUUUAACUUAUAUAUACUGUCAGUGUACGAAUUUUUUACACUAUCGAGUCACAUUUAUGGUUCAAAAUUAUAAAUCUCAUAUUUUAAUAAAAUUCUUUGGGUGAUCUCAUAGUGUAAAAAUACCUUAUACUGACGAUAUAUAUAAGUUAAACUCAGAAAAAUAUUAUGUCUUAGUAAUAUGUUUCCUCAAAAUUUUACUGAAUUAUUAACUUAUACAUGGAUGUCAACGUGAGGAGUUUACAUGUUACAAAGUUACAUGUAAAAGAAUUGAUGCUCAUAUUUAUUUUUAAUUAAAGGGGUAUCUUAUUAUAGAACUAUACUUCAAUUAUUCAGUUUUAUGUCCUCAAUUUUAUGUUUUUGGGAUGUUUUUAUUAAACUUUGGAGGAACUUUUGAGAGGCUAACGCUAUGGGAGUUGGAGGCUUGAAUAGAGUUAUUUAUUUUUCUCUAUUUGUUGAUUUCUACCCUUUUAUUUGAUUAAAUAAGUUGUUA